CCAAACCUCCGCGAAGCUCAAGUGCAAAUUCUGUUACGACCGCGUGGUGCUUACACUGCUUUAGAAAACACACCUCGCGGACCCGCUUCGUUAACCGCUCGUUUUACAAUUUUACUAAAGUUUUUGUUUUUGCUGCUACUACUGCUGCCGUACGGUCGGUCGAUUUUUUUGAAUUUUUCAACGAAAAAUACACACAAGUGCCAAGAUGACUCUUUCGUUGCUGCCCCACGAUUUCGACGACAUCCGUAUUUUCGACGACAAACUCGAUGAUCUGGAGAUCAUGAGGAAAAUCAUCGCCCUGGAGAAUCUCGAGGAUCCCUUCCAUCUUCUGGAUGUCGGAGAUGUUGUGAGGAAGCAUCGAGUUUGGGUGGAUAAAAUUCCCAGAGUGGUGCCUCAUUACGCUGUAAAAUGCAAUCCGAAUCCAACUGUUAUCAAAACUUUGGCAUCAUUGGGAUCUCACUUUGAUUGUGCUUCCAAGAACGAAAUCGUUACUGUUUUGGCUUACGGUGUUCAUCCGGACAGAAUAAUCUUUGCUAACCCGGUGAAGACUCCAUCGCAAAUCAAGUAUGCUCAAAAAGUCGGAGUAUCAAAAAUGACAGCUGACAGCAUGUGGGAAUUGAGAAAAAUCAAGGAAUUCUACCCAGAAGCCAAGGUCGUGAUUCGUUUCCGCUGCGACGCCGCCCUGUCCGACGCCUACCUCGGCCUGAAGUACGGCUGCGACCCGGGCGAGGAGGCCGAGCGCCUGAUCCGCGGCUGCCGCGAGCUCGGCCUCGAGCUGCACGGCUUCAGCUUCCACGUGGGCAGCCCCUGCGGCGAGGUGGCCGCCCUCAGCCGCGGCAUCGGCAUCUCGCGCUACCUCAUCGACGUGGCCCACUCGUACGGCCUCUACGACGUCCAGCUGAUCGACAUCGGUGGCGGCAUCCCCGGGGACAGCGAGUUCGUCCUCGACGAGUUCGCCGACGUUAUCAACGAGGCAGUGGCGGAUAUCGAUCCGUCGAUACGUAUAAUCAGCGAGCCCGGCAGAUAUUACGUGACAUCGGCAAUCAAGGCGGCGGCUUAUGUGCACGGCAAGAACGUCGUCGUUGGCGAAGACGGCACGGAGAGAUACAAUUACUACGUCAACGACGGCGUGUACGGCUCGUUCUUCGACGAGGCGCUCCAGCUCUACCACAGGCUGCCCAAAGGCUCCCUCGCCCCGAACCAGGCGGAAAACGAGAAAAAAGAGGUGCACUUGUCGACGCUGUGGGGGCCGACCUGCGACUCUUUCGACUGCAUAGCCAAGGACGUUUAUUUGCCCGAGUUUCAAAUCGACGACUGGAUCUACUGGGAAAAUAUGGGCGCCUACACGUCUUGUUUGGCUUCGGGCUUCAAUGGCUGCCCUACACCCACGAUAUUCCCAUUCAUGCGCAGGAGCGAUUGGGACUCGUUCUGCGCUGAAAUCAAUCUACAAAAGGACGAGCAAGUCACGAACGACUCGGACGACGACUAGAGUAUCUGGAAUAAUGACAGCUAACCAGGCCAAGUAGCAUUAUGAAUUAGAUUUUAUUUAAUUACGUCAACUCUUCCCCUGCCAUAUAUAGAUGAAUUAAUUUAGACUGUUUUGAUUGCAACGAUUUCAAAUUCGUAACAGUGAAAUAGUUACGCAUGUAAAGUAUUAUACAACUUAGGAUAAAUAAAAUAUUAUAUUAUAGGAA